CUUCUUUCCACUCCACUCCAUUCUGCUUCUUUUCGCGUUAUGGCACAGCAAACCGCUUACGGCGCCAUCCCCACCUCCGAGCAGGACGCCAACCAUGCCGACACUCCCUCAAGGCCGAGCGAUCAGGACUCGUUUGACUGGUCCUCAAAACGGCACGAAGUCGGCGAGAUCAUCGAGUCCCAUCGCGCGCACAUUCUCAUCCUAGUCCUGACUGCGAUUGAUGUCCUCCUUGUCAUCUGUCAAAUUGCUGCCACGCUGCUUGGACUCGAUAACAGCAAGGAAGCAGAGUGGGUCCUUGAGCUCUUUGCCCACGCAUCGCUCGGUAUCGUCACCUUCUUCGUGCUGGAAAUCAUCCUCAAGGCCUUUGCCUUUGGCCCUGGCUACUUUUGGAAGAACACCCCUCAUGGCGUGCUCCACCUUCUCGAUGCUCUCAUCAUUAUUAUCUCCUUCUUACUCGAGGUCUUCUUGAAGGGUGCUGAGCAGGAACUUGGUUCUUUACUCAUUAUCUUCCGUCUCUGGAGAAUCAUCAAGCUCACCGGCACUGUCGCCAUUGAGACUGCAGAGCACAGCCAAGCACACGUCAUCCGGCUCCACGCACGUAUCAAAGACCUCGAGCAGCAAUUACAGGAGUCUCAGCAAGAAGUCCAGCGCCUUCGUGCACACACCAUUGAUCAAGUAUAGACGCAUUGAAUGAGUAAUAAAUUCCAUAUUUUUUAGAC